GCUGCUCCACUCCGGCGCUCUGCGUGUCCUCUCUCUACGUUGUUUACGUUCAUCCGUCAACAUGGAGGACGAGCUGGAUGUUGAUAUCGAGGGAGACGAGUUUGAAAACAGUAUAAGUGGGCUCGAUGGAGGAGGUUUGGUCCAGGAGCACGUCAUACAGUCUGCGUGGAAGAGCAGCGCUGGUAUACUGCCCUGGGAGCUGGACAGCUCCAUCAGCCCGGAGAACAGAGAGGUGAUCGAGAGGAUGCUGCUGGAGGAACAAUACUAUCUGACAGGGGAGAAGAUUCCAAAUCAUAUCUGGGAGAGUGAUGCUGACAACAAGCCCAAAGUGAAGAAGUCUCCAGCUAAGACUUCGGCCGCGGCCUCUGGCUCCUCGUCUCGAUGGUCCAAACAGGAGAAAGAACUGUUUGAGCAAGGACUGGCCCAGUUUGGUCGAAGGUGGACUAAGAUUGCCAAGUUGGUGGGCAGCCGUUCUGUUCUUCAGGUCAAGAGCUACGCCAGACAGUAUUUCAAGCUCAAGGCUAAAUCAGAACCCAGAGCUGCAGCUCCCUCUGCAGGUCCCAAGCUGCACUCACAGCCUCCUCAGGCCACUUCCAGUCAUGCAUCCGCUCUGGCAAACACCGUCCGUAUAGAGAAGCUUUCUGAUGAAGAAGAUGAGGAGGUAGACAUCACUGAUGACCUGAGCAACGAUGGAGACCAUGACAAUAAACCGCAGCUUGUGCUCAAAACUGAGUUGUGUGAGCCAGAGCAACACAACCCCACAGAAGAGCAGGGAGAGGCAGAUCUGACUGAGACAAAGGAGGCAACUUUGCAUAGUCCUCAACCCACAUCUUCCCUCCCUUGCUCAGAGAAGACUUCGCUGGACAAGAGAGGGGAUGAGAGUGAAUCACUACUACCUCCAAAUCAUCUUCAGACAGCCUCAGAGCUAAAAACUGAGGAGAAAGAGGGCCAGACCUCCCAGUCUCAGAGCUCAGCACUGACUUAUCAACUGGAAGAGGCCUGUAGUGACAACACAGAUUCUGCUGCUAAGACUGAGCAGGGUCCAGCUGAUAGACCAGAGGAAGGAGAAGAAGAAGAGGGAGAGGAUGAAGAAGACGAAGAGGAUGAGCUGAAGGCCCCUGAGCAGGAAAUAGAAAUGGAAAUGGAGACCAUCACUGAGGAGGAGAAACAAGCUAUCCCAGAGUUCUUUGAGGGACGACCAUCCAAGACGCCUGAAAGAUACCUGAAGAUCCGAAACUACAUCCUGGAUCAGUGGCUGAAGAGUAAGCCCAAGUACCUGAACAAGACAUCAGUCCGCCCUGGACUGAAGAACUGUGGAGACGUCAACUGCAUUGGGAGGAUACAUACCUACCUGGAGCUCAUUGGAGCUAUCAACUUCAGCUGUGAGCAAGCGAUCUAUAAUCGCCCAAGGGUGGUGGACCGCUCCAAGCAAAAGGUGGCCAAAGAUGUGCUAGAGGCCUAUCAGCUGGCCCAGAGACUGCAGAGCAUGCGAACCAGGAAGCGACGUGUGCGGGACCUAUGGGGAAACUGGUGUGACGCUAAAAACUUGGAGGGGCAGACAUACGAGCAUCUCAGUGCCGAGGAGCUCGCUCUGCGGAGAGAAGAGAUGAAGAAGCAGCCCAAACCCUGCAAGAUCUCCAGGUUCAAAGGGUCUUUUGAUCCCUUCCAGUUGAUUCCCUGCAGGUUUUUUGGUGAGGAUGUGCAGGCACCAUUCCAGGUUAUUGUGUGUGCAGAGACUCUGCUCAUAAUGGACAUGCAUGCCCACGUGUCGAGGGGGGAAGUCAUCGGCCUGCUCGGUGGAAUGUUCAAUGAGGAAGAGAAAGUAUUAAAGAUCUGUGCAGCAGAGCCAUGCAACAGCGUGAGCACAGGUUUGCAGUGCGAGAUGGACCCGCUGUCUCAGACACAGGCCUGCGAUGUUCUGUCGUCGCUGGGCUUCAGUGUGGUUGGCUGGUACCACUCGCAUCCCUCCUUCCACCCCAACCCUUCGGUCCGGGACAUAGCCACACAGGACCAGUUCCAGAGUUAUUUCUCACGUGGUGGAGCGCCCUUCAUCGGGAUGAUUGUGAGCCCAUAUGACCCAGCCAAUCGCUCCCCCCACUCCCAAACUACUUGCUUGUUGGUGAAAGAGAGCCAGGAGCCUUCAGGCCCACAGAAGCUGCCCUACAGAUUCGACUUCCUGUCAUCACAAGACAUUCCAGACUGGGAACAGACGUUGAGGAGAGCUCAGUGGAUCAUCCACAAAUACUGUCAAACACCUGGGAGUGUGCAGAUGGACAGAUUUUUCCGGAAAGACUCUCAUCUCACCUGUCUGGAGAAGAUGCUGUCGUCUCUGGCCAGAUACCUCGAGCCCCUGCCCGAAGAGGAGGGAGACUCCUUCCUCAGUCAGAUCCAGGCGCUUUUCCAGUCAGACUUCAUUGCCAAGCAGCAAGUGUCUGACCAGGAAGAGGAAGAAUCUCUAAAUAUUUCAUCCAGACCAGUGGACUCAGAUGACCUUGCUUAUGAUCAGCUGAUCAGUGAGGAGAGGGCCCAGGAGGGAGGAAGAGAGUCUGAUCCAGAUUCUGGCAGAGCUUCAGACAACAGUCUGCUUCCCACAGACUCAACCUCGGAGACAAACAGCAGCACGGUGUUACAUCUGGGCUCUGUGCUGUCGACUGAACAUGACUAUUUACUGUGAUGGACCAUUUAUCUGACUACCUCACACAUUAUUUUCCAUAUAAAUAUGAUGAGGCUUUGUUUCAGUAUUACCAACUCUCUCAUUUAGUUUUUAACAUUUUAUUACUUAAGGUCUUUUAACCAAAAACUCAAUGUGUGUGUGUGUGUGAGAGAAAGAGAGAGUGUGUCAUAAGUGUGUGUCAUUUUACUUCCAUUGUACUGCAGAUUUCUUUUACAUAUUAGAAUAAACAUUUAUUUUCAUACAUUGUG